UUUGUUGUAAUAUAUUAGUAUCGCGAUCGUUAUGCUGUUAUAUUUAAUGUGUAGCAAUAAAUAUUCGUAUGAAAACGUGAAUUUAAAAGAUUUAUUGCCGUUAAGUUUAAUUUAUCAAAAUUUCGACAAAUUCUUAAUUAUGUGUCUCAUUGUUUGUACAAGUUGAAUAUGUUCGAUUGCUAAAUAUACGAGGGUACGAGAAAAAAUAAAGUGUUGAGAAAUACAUAUAUGCAAUUAAUCCGUGCAAUUAAUAUUUCGUUUAAAAACAAAACCAGAAGAAAUAUGAUUAAAACAAUGCAGUGGUUUGCCAUAAUAAUGUGCUUAUAUGCAGGAGUGGCAAGCGCACGAACAGAAGAAGAUCAACAAACAUCCUCAUCGAUCUCGAUUACAGGAAUGUCUGGUGGUCUUUUGGACCAAUGUUUUCAUCAACAACCAUCCGAGUGUCCUAGCAUUGAGACAACUGGAUGUUCUUGCAAAAAGAUCAUCCUUGCUCCUAAUAAUCCUGAGGCCAAUGCUGUUCUUUGUUGUAAUCUGGACAGCAAAAACUUUGAGUCCGAGCUUUCUUGCGCAGGAUUUCCAUCAAAUAUAUCUUAUAUACAUAUAAGAAAUGCAACAUUAGAUGUAUUUAAUGUGAGUGAAAUUCGAUGGAGAAGAUUAAAGUCACUUGCAAUAACCGAUGGAAGAAUUAAUCGAGUGAAAGGACAAUUUCGGAUGAUGACACCAACAUUGUGUUUGAACCUUUCGAACAAUGCUCUCAUCGAAGUAGAAAAUAAUUCGCUUACUCGCUUGGUUCAACUUACUACUUUGGAUUUGUCUUACAACAAUCUUACACAUUUACCAGCCUUAAAUACAAUGAAUGGCCGUGAAUUCUGGUUGGACAUUUCAGGAACAAACACACUUUGGUGUCACGAUAUCUACGAAUAUAUUAAUAAAACAGGGGAGAAACAAAUUAAUUUCAAUCGCGAAAAUGAAACUGUAUGUUCAGCAAGUAAGACAUGGCACUGGUUCAAUACUACGGAACAAGUUCCUCUGAAACAAGUUCGAUACCUUAGUUUGUUACAAACAGAAUGCCCUAAGGGGGAUACAUGGCAAUGUCAAUGCAAUUUUGGAAGAUGGGAUAUUGCUGCAGGUAAACCACCAACUUUAGCGGUAAACGUGGAUUGCAGUGGAAUUCAAAUUACUGAAUUACCUGAAAAGUUACCUCGCAAUACCAUAACAUUGAAUGUGUCGUAUAAUAACAUUACUGCAUUGGACGAUCUUAGUACCAAUCCGUGUUACGAAGAUAUUAGAGAAUUUUAUGCCGAUUAUAAUAAUAUAUCGUCCAUAAAUAAACUGGAAGGUUCCAAAUUUUUAGAUAACUAUGCUCUACUUAGCCUGCGAUAUAAUAAAAUCAAAUCUCUUCCAACGUACAUUUUGAGCCAUAAUACACACGAUAAAAGUAUUAUCAGCUCGCGGUUGGUAAAACUUGGAGGAAAUGAGCUACAUUGCGAUUGCAAUACGGCUAAAUAUUUAAAGGUGUGGCUGCAAUCCCGCAUAUUAGAUUCAGACGAAGUGUUAUGCGAAAAUGUAAAAGAAAAAGUCGUUGAUUUAGAGCCAUCGAAGAUGUGCGUUUAUCCAGGUGAUUGGACAGAUUAUAUUUACUAUAUUAUUGCCACGGAAGUCGUACUUUUAAUAGGUCUGAUAGCUAAAGUAUCUUACGAUUAUUGGAUCUUCAAAACAGCAGGUUAUCUUCCAUGGCCAGCAAACAAAAUGCCAAAAUUACCUUGUGACUGGCUAUGCGAGACCUAGCGUUAUAUCGUUAAUCAUAUUUCACUGAAUCAUGCAAAACAAUAUCUUGACACUAUUUCUACAAAAUUGAACAUUGUUCAUUUUAUUAACACGUUCACUACGGCUCUAUCGAUGACUCAUUGUCAUCCGCACAAAGUAAAUUAUUAAGUAUUUACUCGUUCGUACUGAACCAUAAAACAAAUUAUAUACAAGUAGUCAUCGUCAAUCGUUUAUAACAAUACUGAGAUCUACCGAACGAAAUCAAGUGUUAUCGUGAAUGUGUUAAUAUUCUGUUAUAUACUAUAUCUCUUUCUAAGUGCCUUCCUAUAUGUACUAAACACGCGUGACCACAGAGAUCGACAGUAAUAUGCAACUGGAAUAUUAAAAUAAACAGCAAUAUUUUUUAUAUAAAUGAUUACUUAAACUAUAAAUUUGUUGCAUAUAGCUAUGUAAUUGCAAUUAUAGUAAGUUCUGUAUAUACGUGGUUAAUUUAUUCGGCAGCUCUGCGUGUAAAUCAAAUUUUAUAAAUACGAUGUAUUGCAGUGAAAACGAAAGAUCAGAAUUGGUUAAAGAAUAAUGUGAUGCCGUUAUUAAGGGAAAUGUAAACUGUGUACAGUAAUUUUUUAGUCGCAAAUUUUUGACCUAAUACGAUUAGCAAUUCCUGCCGAGGCUGAUGUUUCCCUCUCUACAAUGUUUACUAUAUAAUCAUUGUUAGAAUGUUAGAUGCAAUUAAAUAAAUCUAUACGUACUCUUUCAUGGAAAAAAAAUUGGAAAAAAGAAAACUUUAAUCAAUGCGUGACAUAAAAGACGUAAGUGAGAACAAACGCGCGUAUCUAUCGGUGUAAUUCAAGGAUACACUGUAUUUUGUACGUACACUGCGUGUAGGCCGCAACGAAGAUGGUUAACUGUUUAAAUUUGGAGAUUUUAAAUAGCAAUUUGAUUAAAUGUUAUUGCUUUUAAUAGGUUAGCGAACCUCUGUGCAUUUUAAGUUUUGACAAUAAUUAACAUUAUAAAAUUAUUUAUAAUUGUAAGUGUUGUUUAAGUAAUUUAAACUUUUAAUUAACGCUUUUAGUACUGUUCUAAAAGCUGUAGUACAAUUAUUUGCAAGCAAUAUUGUGACCACUCUUAAUUUAAAAUAAUUCA